AUGGAGGAUGUGAAACAUAAAUCUAGAAAAGAUGAUUAUUCGGAACGGAAGGAGGAGAAAGAGGAGUCGAAGAGGAGUCAUCGUGAUCGAGAUAGAGAUAGAGAUAGAGGCAGGGAGAGAAAUGGAGAGAGGCAUCGAGACAGAGAGAAGAGAGAACGUGAAAGCUCUAGGCGUUCGGAGAGAGGCAAGAGUAGUGAUUCCGAUGACAAGGAAAGGGAAAGGGAGAAAGAGAAGCAUAGAGACAGAGAUAAGGAUAGAGCAGCAAGGAGUAGGGAUGAUGAUAGAGAGACAGUUAAGGAUAGGAAGAGAGAUAGAGACAGAGAAGAGAGAGACAGGGAAAGGGAAAAAGAGAAAGAGGAUAAGAGGGAGAGGGCCAGAGAGAAAGAGAGAGAAAGAGAAAGAGAAAGAGAAAGGGAGAAGAGGGAUCGUGAUAGGGAGAGAGAGAGAGAAAGGGAGAGGAGGGAGCAUGACAGAGAAGAACGAGAACGAGAACGAGAACGGGAAAGGGAGAGGGAGAAGAGGGAGAGGGAGAGGGAGAGGAAGACUAGGGAAAGGGAGAAGCGUAGAGAAUUGAGUAGUGACAGUGAAGAUGAUUCCAGGGAGCGUGAUAGGAAGCGGCGAAGGAGAUAUGAUGAAGACUCUAAGGAGAGAGUGCGCGACCAGAGCGAUAGCAGGUCAAACAGGCACAGGGAUAGCAGUGAAGAGAGUCCGAGGAAAAAGAGUGUUGAGGAUCACUCUGACAAGAACGAGAGUAAAACUCGAGAAGAGGAAUUAGAGGAGGAGCAGAAGAAAUUGGAUGAGGAGAUGGAGAAGAGGAGGAGAAGAGUCCAGGAAUGGCAAGAGCUGAGGCGGAAGAAGGAAGAAACUGAGAGAGAAAAGGGUGGGGAAGAAGCCAAUGUUGAUGAACCUAAGACUGGUAAAACCUGGACCCUUGAAGGUGAAUCUGACGAUGAAGAAGCACCUCCCACUGGAAAAUCUGAGACGGAUAUGGACCUGGAGGAAAAUGCAAUACCUGAUAAAGAAGCUGGAGAUGCAAUGGUAGUGGACACUAAGAAUGACAUCUCUGCUCCACAAAAUGAGGGUGAUGCUGUUAAUGGAGAUGAGGAAAUUGAUCCAUUGGAUGCUUUCAUGAAUUCUAUGGUCUUACCUGAGGUGGAGAAGCUAAACAAUGCUGUGGUUAUUCAAACUGCCGAUGAUAAUAAAGCAGACUUGAAGAAGAAGGAUAAGAAUGACGAACGAAUCAAUGGAGAACAGCGAAAGAAAGGCUCUCAUAAAUCUCUUGGGAGAAUUAUUCAAGGAGAAGAUUCUGAUUCAGACUAUGGGGACCUUGAAAACAGUGAAGAUCCUUUAGAAGAUGAGGAUGACGACGAGUUCAUGAAGAGGGUGAAGAAAACAAAAGCUGAGAAACUGUCCAUUGUUGACCACUCAAAGAUUGAUUACAGUCCUUUCCGGAAAAAUUUCUAUAUUGAAGUGAAGGAGAUCUCCAGGAUGACUCCUGAGGAGGUUGCUGCUUAUAGGAAACAACUAGAGUUGAAAAUACAUGGAAAGGAUGUGCCAAAACCAAUUAAAACUUGGCACCAGACAGGACUUACAGGUAAAAUUUUGGAGAUGAUAAAGAAACUUAAUUAUGAGAAGCCGAUGACAAUUCAAGCUCAGGCACUGCCUAUAAUUAUGAGUGGCCGGGACUGCAUAGGUGUUGCGAAAACUGGUUCUGGCAAGACCCUUGCAUUUGUGCUGCCAAUGCUGAGGCAUAUCAAGGACCAGCCUCCUGUGGAAGCUGGAGAAGGACCGAUUGGGCUUAUAAUGGCACCCACAAGGGAGCUUGUGCAGCAGAUCCACAGUGAUAUUAAGAAGUUUGCUAAGGCCCUGGGUGUCAGAUGCGUGCCUGUUUAUGGAGGUUCUGGUGUUGCCCAACAAAUUAGUGAAUUAAAACGGGGGACAGAGAUAGUUGUCUGCACUCCAGGCAGGAUGAUUGACAUACUUUGCACCAGUGGAGGGAAAAUCACUAAUCUUCGUAGAGUUACAUAUCUUGUUAUGGAUGAAGCUGAUCGGAUGUUUGACAUGGGAUUCGAACCUCAAAUCACUAGAAUUGUCCAAAAUAUCCGCCCAGAUCGUCAAACUGUUCUCUUUUCUGCAACUUUCCCUCGGCAGGUUGAAACUUUGGCUCGUAGAGUACUGACCAAACCUGUGGAAAUACAGGUUGGUGGGAGGAGUGUGGUGAAUAAGGACAUCACUCAGCUGGUUGAGGUAAGACCAGAAGGUCAAAGGUGGUUUAGGCUGUUAGAACUACUUGGUGAAUGGAAUGAGAAGGGAAAAAUUUUGGUAUUUGUCCAAUCACAGGACAAAUGUGAUUCAUUGUUUAGGGACUUGCUGAAAUGUGGCUACCCUUGCCUCUCACUUCAUGGCGCUAAGGAUCAAACAGACCGUGAAUCCACCAUUUCAGAUUUUAAGAGCAAUGUCUGCAGUUUGUUGAUUGCAACAAGUGUUGCAGCCAGAGGUUUAGAUGUGAAGGAUCUAGAACUGGUGAUCAACUAUGAUGUUCCAAACCACUAUGAGGAUUAUGUUCACCGUGUUGGUCGGACUGGUCGAGCUGGUCACAAAGGCUGUGCCAUCACUUUUAUCUCCGAGGAUGAUGCAAGAUAUGCACCGGAUCUUGUAAAAGCAUUGGAACUCUCUGAGCAAGUUGUUCCACAAGACUUGAAAGCUCUUGCUGAUAGUUUUAUGGCAAAAGUGAAUCAGGGUCUUGAGCAAGCCCAUGGAACAGGUUAUGGUGGAAGUGGUUUUAAAUUCAAUGAAGAGGAGGAUGAAAAGAGAAUGGCAGCAAAGAAAGCGCAAGCAAAAGAAUAUGGCUUUGAGGAAGAGAAGUCUGAAUCAGAAGAUGAAGAUGAAGUUGUUCGGAGGGGUCGUGACUUCUCUCAGCAGACUGCCCUUGCUCAGCAGAUAGCUGCUCUUGCUGCUGUCUCAAAAGUCCCUGCACCUGUAGCAUCAACUCCUCACUCUGUUGCUCAAUUGCUUUCUAAUGGUGGAUUACCUGUUCCUCUUAAUCCAGGUCCAGCAGCUGCUUCUGCGACUGGGCUGCCUAUUGUUCCUAAUAAUGAAGCUGCAGCUAGGGUAGCAGCAAUUGCAGCUGCCAUGAAUUUGCAACACAACCUGGCACGGAUUCAAGCUGAUGCAAUGCCUGAACAUUAUGAAGCAGAGCUGGAAAUCAAUGAUUUUCCCCAAAAUGCUCGGUGGAAGGUUACCCACAAGGAAACUUUGGGUCCAAUUUCAGAUUGGACUGGGGCUGCCAUUACCACCAGGGGGCAGUUUUUCCCACCAGGCAAGGUGCCAGGACCUGGAGAACGCAAGCUCUACUUGUUCAUUGAGGGCCCUACUGAACAGUCUGUUAAGAGAGCUAAAGCUGACCUAAAACGUGUUUUGGAAGACAUAACGAACCAGAUAUUCCAACUUCCUGGUGGAGCUCAACCAGGCAAAUACUCGGUUGUAUAA